AUGAGCUUUCAGCUGAUUUGGGUUUUGUUGUUGCUGAGCCCCUUGCUUGCUCAGUGCGAAGAUCAGAGUAGAGUAGAUUACUGGCGUCAAGCUGCAAACAGAUACCUGAAAUCUUCUUUGCACGUCCGAAAAAUUGAAGGCUUGGCCAAAAAUGUAAUCUUGUUCCUGGGAGAUGGAAUGGGACUUCCGACUGUCACAGCGACCCGUUACUACAAGGGUCAAAAAAAGGGAGGAAAAGGAGAAGACGAAGUUCUCACGUUUGAAAACUUCCCGUAUGUCUCGCUUUCAAAGACAUACGCUUUGGACCGACAGAUGUCCGAUUCGGCGAAUUCAGCUACAGCUUAUCUAGGUGGUGCGAAAGCCAACUUUGGCACUAUCGGGGUGGACGGAAGAGUCAAAUAUGGAGGAUGCACAACAUCUCUUGACAGCUCAACUCAUGUUGAUUCGAUUCUGAAAUGGGCUCAAGAUGCAGGUAAAUGGACUGGUUUCACGACAACUACUCGUGCGACGCAUGCAACGCCAGCGGGAUUAUAUGUGCACACAGCGGGUAGAGACUGGGAAAGUUUUGCACCGGAUCCGAGAUGCAAAGAUGCUGCCAGGCAACUGGUAGAGAACUCUCCAGGAAAAGAUAUACGAGUGAUGUUGGCGGGAGGUCUGAGUUAUUUUCUUCCCCCGAACACGGUGGUAAAUGGAACCAGAGGUAAACGGAAGGACUCGCGCAACCUACUCGAUCUCUGGAUGAAGGACAAGUUGCACAAAAGGGGAAAGGUCAUCUUUAGUGCUGAAGAGUUUCGAAAUGUCGACACAGAAGAAGUUGACUAUUUAUUUGGUCUCUUUAGUGCUGACCAUAUGCCCUACGUUGCUGAUGAACCGGACCCAUCACUGUACCCGUCACUGUCUGAAAUGGCAGCAAAGGCAAUUCGAAUGCUAAGUAGAAGUAGUAAUGGAUAUUUCCUGCUUGUAGAAGGAGGGAAAAUCGAUCUUGCCCAUCAUGACAACUCGGCGUUGAAGGCGCUCGAAGAAAGCUACCAGUUCGACAAGGCCAUCGAGACUGUGCUCGGUAUGACGAACCCCGAAGACACUUUGAUUGUGGUGACUGCUGAUCAUUCGCACUCCUUCACCAUUGCUGGAAACUACCCUUUGAGAGGAACCAACGUACUUGGAAUUGGUGGCGUUUCAGACAUUGACGGGAAAACGUUUACGACACUGUCAUAUGCCAAUGGACCAGGCUAUAAGAAAAACGCCCGGGACAGAAAUUUAACAGAUGAAGAAGCACGUAAGAAUGAAUUUUCGAUCUACUGGCGUCGAGAAGCGAACAGAAACUUGAAAUCUUCUCUGCGAAUCCGAAGAAUUGAAGGCUUAGCCAAAAACGUCAUCUUGUUCUUGGGAGAUGGAAUGGGACUCUCGACCGUCACAGCAACCCGUUACUACAAGGGUCAAAAGAAAGGUGGGAAAGGAGAAGACGAAGUUCUCACGUUCGAAAACUUUCCUUACGUUUCUCUCUCAAAGACAUACGGUUUGGACAGACAGACGUCCGAUUCGGCGAAUACAGCUACAGCCUACCUAUGUGGUGUGAAAGCCAACUAUGGCACUAUUGGAGUAGACGGAAGAGUAAAAUAUGAAGAAUGCGCAUCAGCUCUUGACAACUCAACUCAUCUUGAUUCCAUUCUUAAAUGGGCUCAAGAUGCAGGCAAAUGGACUGGUUUUGUGACAACUACUCGCGCUACGCAUGCAACUCCGGCGGGAGUAUACGCGCACACAGCAUGUCGGGAGUGGGAACAGUCUGUACCGGAUUCAAGAUGCAAAGACAUUGCCAGACAACUGGUGGAGGACUCUCCGGGAAAAGAUAUACGAGUAAUCUUGGCAGGAGGUCUGAGUUAUUUUCUUCCCUCAAACACAGAGCUAAAUGGAACCAAAGGCUCGCGGAAUGACUCACUCAACCUAAUUGAUGAUUGGCUGAAGAGCAAAGCAGACAAAAAGGGAAAAGCUGUCUUUAGUGCUGAAAGUCUUCGAAUGGUCAAAACAGAAGAAGUUGACUAUUUACUUGGUCUCUUUCAUGCUAACCAUUUGCCUUACGCGGCUGACCUUACCGAUCCGUCACAGUAUCCAUCACUGGCAGAAAUGACGGCAACAGCUAUUCGGAUACUUCACAGAAGUGCUAAAGGAUACUUCUUACUCGUAGAAGGUGGGAAAAUCGACCUUGCCCAUCAUGUGAACUGGGGGAUGAAGGCCCUCGAAGAAGGUUACCAGUUCGACCAAGCCAUCGGGACUGCACUCAGUAUGACGAACCCUGAAGACACUUUGAUUGUGGUGACUGCUGAUCACUCACACGCGUUCACCAUUGGCGGAGACUACCCUUUGAGAGGAACCAACGUACUUGGAAUUGGUGGUAUUUCAGACAUUGACGGGAGAACUUAUACGACACUGGGGUACAACAAUGGGCCUGGCUAUAAGAAAAAUGCGCGAGACAGAAAUUUAACGGACGAAGAAGCAAUGGACAAAGACUUCCGACAAGACGCUCUUUUUCCCAAGCGUAUCGCCACACACGGGGCGGAGGACGUAGCUGUUUACGCCCUGGGACCUUGGGCCCAUUUAUUCCACGGGGUCCACGACGAAUCCUACAUCCCUUACGUGAUGGGGCACGCGGCUUGCAUCGGUCCUGAUUUGGAUCCCUCUCUUUGCAGCUCUGGAACUGCGACGCGUCCUCCAGUACAUGGAUCGACAACCGUUCUAAGGACUAUCCUAGUAAUUUUGGUCUACAUGUUUCAUAAGCAUAGCAAGUGACGAUCAUUUUUGGUAAUAUCCCUAAGUUUAAGGAUUGUUCAGAUCUAGCUGACCCAAAAUAAUCAUUUUAAAAAAACUGAUAAGAAUCAUCAUUUAAAAUGGCUUUGUUUUUUAAUGAAAAGUGGCUGUAACUUAUAAGGUUAAAAAAACUAUUCCUAG